AUUCGAACAAACCGUGAAUUAUUCAUUUUGGAGGUUAUUUUGAAAUUUUGCGGAAUGUCGUUGGAAUAUGCUCGUGUUGGUAAUAUUGAAGAUAUAACGUCAAUUGGUUCAACCACCAGCUUUUUACAAGCUACAGCAGCUGAGGUUAGGUCGACAAGGGUAAACUGGCAAUCUUAUCUUCAAGGACAAAUAAUUAAUGAUGAACAAUACUCAUUUAUUACACGACUUGAUAAUGCUCCCACUGCAGAAGCACGAAAUCAUGUAAUUAGAGCUGAUGAAAAUAUGACUGCUAGGGUUUUUAUAUUUAUCCUGAAUAAAAUUUCGAAAGAACAAACGUUACGAUAUAUCCUUACACUUAUUGACGAUACACUUCAGGAAGAUAAAUUGCGUGUUGAAAUCUUUCGUGAUUACUUCACCAAGUCGAAAGAAUCACUCUGGUCUCACUUUUUCGGAUUUUUUCAAAGAGGAGAUCCUUUCUGUAUGUACCAAGCCUCCCGUAUAAUAGCAAAGUUUGCAUGUUGGUCUUCUCAACUGAUGGAGGAGAAUGACUUGAUUUAUUACUUAAAUUGGCUACGUGAACAACUGACGAUAACAAAUAAUCAGUAUGAUCUGACUGUGGCUCGAAAUCUUCAAAUGAUGCUUCGUAUCAGGGAGUACCGUGCUCAGUUUGCUAAAGUCGGAGGAAUUGAAACCAUUGGAGAUGUUUUGCAAGAAAAGUCAACUAGUCGUCAAUUACAAUAUCAAUUAAUUUUUUGCUUAUGGUGUAUGAGUUUUGAUUCAAGUCAUGUAACUGAUAUCUGUAAGAACUCUGCACUAUUAGCCACAGUAGCUGAUAUUUUCCUUGAAGCAGAUCGUGAAAAAAUUACUAGAAUUUCAUUGGCAUUCUUUCGUAGUGUUUUAGAAAAAUUACCAACAAUUACUGAACAACGAGAUUGUGGCUUACGUUUAGUUCAGUAUAAAGUGUUGAAAGAAUUAGAAUUGCUGAGUCAAAAAGAUUUUAGUCAUGAUCCAGAAUUAACUGAAGAUAUUGCAUUUUUAAAUGAGAAAUUAUCAGCUAGUAUUCAAGAUGUCAGUAGUCUUGAUGAAUAUUUGUCCGAAUUAAAAUCUGGUCGAUUAGAAUGGUCACCUGUGCAUAAAUCAGAGAAAUUUUGGUAUGAAAAUGCAGUGAAAUUUACAGAUAAUAAUUAUGAAAUGUUAAAGAUGUUAGUACGACUAAUCGAACUGGGUACUGAUCCAUUAACAUUGUGUGUAGCUGUACAUGAUAUUGGAGAGUUUGUAAGACAUUAUCCACGUGGUAAACAAAUUAUUGAAACACUUGGCGGCAAACAAUUAGUAAUGGCUUUAUUACAGCAUGAUGAUCCAAAUGUUCGUUAUAAUGCAUUAGUUUCAUUACAAAAAAUAAUGGUACAUAAUUGGGAAUAUUUGGGCAAACAAUUGGAUUCCGUUCAAAGUACAGAUGUUAAAACGACCGGAGUAAAAGUGAAAUAGUCAAUGUCGUCAUACUGAUGAAAAGAAAACAUUAUUGUUACAAGUCUAAUUAUCUGUUUAUUGUUACUGUUGCUUAAUAUUAGAUGAAUAUAUAUUUUCUUGUGUGUGUAGUCAAUUGUCUAUUAUGAUUCUUCAAUUACUACUACUCUAUUUACUUCAAUCUAUUCAAAUCAAAUCUAAUUUAAACAAACAUAAGCAUAAUAAAUCAAACUUGUGUUCUUUGUUUUGACCUCUUCUUAAAUAAUGUGAUUUGUUGUGUCACAAUUAAUUUCUCUUUUUAUUUGCUAUUGAAACUACGGUUCAUAAAUUUUUUUUCUGAUAAUUAUUAUAAUUAUGUUGUAAUAAAUUUUACAAAUAAACAAGGAGGAU